CGGAAUGCAAUAAACCAAAGGGCAGUUUCCACCGGCGAGGCGGAGGGUUUGUGUGUGAAAGGCACUCGUGCAGGUUUGACGCCGGCGCUGUGCGCGGAGCCACCCGCUGCCUCCGAGACGUCCUGGCCGCGUGGCGGGGCCAGGUGAGAUCGGGGAAAUUGCCUCCGACGUGUGCGAGUUGCACUGAAAACACUUCAGGGUCUGAUGUUCAGAAGUUCUUUUCCACUGACUUUCAGACCUUUUCUGCGGACGUAGCUGGAACGUGGAACCGAAGCAUUAGCUUUUGUUUUCUAAAGAGAAAAGUGGAGAUAGAACGUUUACGUUAGCUAUACUUACUGUGAACGUGCCUUCGGGUCUCUAGAGGAUGUGAAAUUGCAAACUUGAUCUUAAGCAAAACAGGUAUGCAAAACGCGAGCCGUGGCAAGAGCGGGACCAGAGGGCACCCAGUGGGGGGGAAAAGUCCUCUUGCUUGUCUGGCACUUCUCCGCGGAGCAGAUUGAAGGGCUGGAGGUGGCUUCAGACAGGCGACGGAGAGACCGCGCGGGAGGGAACGAACGUCCUACGAGCUGCGGUGUCCUCCUGCACCCGGCGCAAACAGGGACUCGGGGCUCGCUGCUGCUGUUUCCAAGUCCGAUGUUCUGACCUCAGUCUUCUAGGACUGUCUUUGAAACAAGGCAGGAAUGUGAAGUUUUUUGAUUAAACAGCAACGUGACCCCUGAAACCUCUCUUUCUACCAGCUUUAUGAAGCCCCGCGGCAGAAGCGCAGCAUUGGGAAUGGCAGAUUAAGGUCUGGAUCCUUUAGAUAUUAUUGGAAUGUGACAACAGAGAAAAAUGUGCUUUUUCUAACAACCGAUUUGUGGACGUUUAACAAGACUUUGAUUUCCGGAAAUGCUACAACAUGGCUUCGUCUGGGAAUGAGAUAGAAAGAUGGACUCACAGGCAAGGUGGCAGAAUUGGAGAGCUGGUAGAGCCUGUGACCUCUCCUAAAAAUGGUAAUCGUCUUUCGCCGGUGAAGUCGAUCAGCAGUGUAGACCAUCUCUUGCACCUCCCUGGAAGAGUAGACUCUGCUUACAGCUCUUUCUCAGGGGGAUCAAAUGUUCCAGAGUAUCCCAGCCCAUCUUGCUAUGGUGAAAACUGCUGCUUGCCCCCAGAGCAGGUACCGUACAUGGACUCGGAAUAUGUAAGAGGUAUUUAUAAUCUCAGUGCAGCAACUGACCUCAGAUGCCUGCAUCCGAACAAGGCACCAGACCUGAGCAUCCAUAAUCACUCUCACAGCACCAGCCUCGCUGAACGCUGUGGAAGCACUCCUACCCAAGGGACUUGGAAUCAGCCUCUGGCUGCACCUCCACCUUCUCCUCCCACGCGGCUCGAUAGCUAUAAAGUCACUCGACACUUUGAAAACUCAAGAGGGAGACACAACGCUGGAGGUCACGGUGAGCGUAGUGUGCAGCCAGCUCCUUGCGUGCAGGACAGUCACCUAGCAGAUAGGGAUGCACUGUGGAGUCAACAUGGGGAUGAAAUUACUGAGCAAGAUAUAGUGGCUGCUAGGAGAAAGACUCUGGAAAAUAAGGGCCUUUCUUCUGAUUCUGCAAAUGAGGUAUCUACAUCAAAAAUUCAGGGGUUAAAGACAGAGGACAAUGGAGAGUGGAGCCCACCCCAGCAACCUCUAAAGAGAAGCAAUCCACACAUUUUCAGCAGACCUUCUUCAUUCAUUUUUCAGGAAUAUUUAAAGACUGACUCUGUGGCUAAUGUCCCUAAAAUACUUUCUGCUUAUAAUUCAAGUCACGCUUAUAAAAUUCCUGAAGAGAUGAACUCCCGGUCCUAUCACGCAGUGCAUACCAGCCCUGGCACUGUUAAUGAUACACGAGAAGACAAACAGUAUCCCUGUGGCGUGCGUAAGCCAACUUUCAGAGAAGCAGAUCUGCAAAGCGCGGCGCCAGAACCCAGCCAACAGUGCCCGCUCCGUGCCGAGGUGCGUUCAGACUUGGAUCAAGAUGUGUUUGAGGACAGUCGUGACCUAAAAUACGUGGAGAAUGUUCUUCUAAUAAAAAAUGCUUCCAGGAAGCUGAACAGUUGUACCGAUGGAAAUCAGUGCUAUGACUCUGAAGGAAAAAUAGGGAGUGAUGUUAGGGAACCGCUCCUGAAUCAGCAAACCAAAACGCAGAGACCGUCCCUGUCCUGCAGCUACGAUACUGUAGAAGUGGAGCGCGCUCGCUGUGAGGAGCCAGAGCAGGGAAAGGAGCAAUGCUGUGAUAAUACUAGCCAAAUGUCUUGUUUCAGACCAAAGGAAGAUUCCACAUCUCGGUUUUCACGUGAAGUCCAGAAAGACAAACAGGCUAAUAACAGCAGUCCUGACCUCAGCACGCAUCUAGAGCAAGAGGAACCUCCUGUUCAGAGAUAUCAACCUGACUCUCAAAAACAGCUCUUCAGACAGUUUCGGGAUGAUCUUGCUGCUGAACAAAUAACCAGGCAGACGACUCCGAUGCUUUACUAUCUUUCUGGGGGGAAAACCACCAAUAUCCUGCACCCCAACAAGCUCACCCAAUGUCAAGAGGACUCAAGGAGCUCACCAAAGGAAUUUCCAGCAAGCAGCUACUCUGCCUCAGCGCGGUGCCUAGAGAUACAAAGGGAAGGCAAUCAGCUUCAAAGGACCGACCACCGCCAUCGGUGCAUUGCUGAUGAUCUGCUUGAGGCUGAAGAUCUCAUUCUCGGCAGUCCUGUUUCAUCCACGGAUGAGAGUUUCAAGAACGACUAUAGAGAGAAACUUAAAGUGGCUCAAAAAAAGGUUCUGAGAGAAACGUCCUUUAAAAGAAAAGACUUACAGAUGAGUUUGCCCAUUAGACUGAGACAGAAACCCUCUAAAAGGCCUUCAAUCGAACACCUUAGGUCUUUCUCAUUAUCCAGUGCAAGCGAGGAUGCCAAACCUGUUCCUUGUUCCCCUUGUCACCUAGAAUCCUUGGAAAGUUUCAGCAGAGAUGAAGAAAUUAAGAGGCCACAAAUAGGUCAAAUAGGGCGAAGGAAAAGGGUAGCAAAGGAGCAAAAGAAACUGUGUUAUUCUGAGCCUGAGAAACUCGAUCAGCUGGCAGAUAAGGAAGUUUCAUGGAGUCAAGUCAGGGAUGAAACCGCUGAGCAGGAUACAGUGGCGGCUAGGAGAAAGACGCUGGAAAACAGAGGGAGGGCACUUUCCAGUUCAAGUAUCUCCAGGACGGAGCUGAAACAAAUCCAGCAUACUGCGCUUAUUGAAUACAUGGAACGAAAGAUUAAUCAAAGACCAGGUAGUUCACACCACCUCCCGCUGCAUAAGCCGCCCCUGCAGACGAGGCUGUCGCAUCCCAAAUGGCCUCCUGGCAAGGUUCCCAAUCCAAACGGGAGCAGGAAGGUGCAAAACAAUGAGGUUUCCUGCCAAGUUCUCUCUAAAGAAAAAUCGCCAGAUGUUUUUCCUCCUUUGGCUUUUGUUCCCCCGCUGAGCGUGACCAGCAGGUGCGAUCCCAGCUCCGCUGCUGCUGGCACAGCCACCGCGAAGCACGACCCGUCUCCCGGCAAAGCGGACGGGAGCUGCACCGGCAAGUGUGCAUCCGCUGAAAGUCUCCCGCAGGUGGGUGAUCCUGCAUCUGGGAGAGCUCCUGAGAGAUCCAAAUCGACUCCUCCUUCCACGCAGGACACUUCCAGAUGUGCCGGUGGGGCAGCGGCACCGUCGCGGCGUUGCGAGAGCUGCCUCGGUACCCCCAGUUUCCGUGAUCCCGAGAAAGAUGGAUGCAAGAAUCCUGAAUACAAAGACAACGACAUAAUUGGACGUGCACGUUGUGAGGAUAGUAAGGAGCUGACUCCUGAAACCUCUAUUCCUAUCCCAAGAAGCGGAAGCAAGGAGGAUGCUCGGGUGGAGGAGGAAUGCAGAACUACAUCUCUGAAUGGCAAUGCUCUAAUAAAGUGUCCAGAGCAGCAGGCUGCAGCUCCUCAGGAGCAAGUAACGUCCUGCCACACGGUGUUAGCUCAGCCUCACCAAGGAGACAGAGACACAGCCCAAGGUUUAGUUGCAAAGGACACGUCCGUGCACAGUAGCCGAGAUGAUGUUCUCGCCGAGAGAGAGACAGAUCCGCCCCGAAGGAGACUGCAGUCUCCUGAAGACCAGCGAUACGAAGAGCUUGCUAUGGAGAUCAUUGCCAAAGACAGUUCUCUGGUUGAUGUUCUCAUGCCUCAUCCUGCUAGAAAAACUGCUCUAGACCUGAUGGAGGGUCUGUUUCCCGUUAACAUUUCCAUGCUGGAUAAAUCACACAGAAAAAAGGGAGACGUACGGCAUGCGCAGGAGAAUGAUAGCAGGAAAAGCAGUAAAGAUGCGACAGAAGAACGUCCUGAAUCUGAACACGGUGCCAAGCAAAGGAGCAAAGAUCCUACCUCGAAGGGAAACCGAGUCCUGAACAGGAGCAGAGACAGCACAAACGACCUGGAUGACAUCACGUCUAAGAAAUUCACUCUGACUGAGUGGAAGCUCUCUGAGCUAGGGAUUAUAUCGCCAGUUAAGCUGGAACUCAUCUCCAGCCUCCGGUCAAAGCUGCAGACCCUGUGGGAGGAGAGGGAGCUCGUCCUCUCUGAAGCCAGGGAGUGCGCCGAGCGAGGCGAGGAGCUGGAGGUGACAGUGCGGGACGUCUGCAAGCCCAACGAGUUUGAGCGGUACAUGAUGUUCAUCGGGGACCUGGAGAAGGUUGUGAGCCUCUUGCUCUGCCUGUCCAGCCGCCUCGCCCGAGUCCAAAAUGCCAUGAGGAGGAUCGAUGGCAAUACGGAUGCUGAGGAGAAGCAAUCGCUGAACGAACGGCACAAGCUCUUGUCUAGACAGCGGGAAGAUGCAAAGGACCUGAAAGAGAACCUAGAUCGCAGGGAAAGAGUGGUCUCUGGUAUCCUUGCCAAAUACCUGACCGAUCAGCAGCUCCAGGACUACCGACGCUUUGUUCAAGUCAAGACCUCCUUGCUGAUUGAGCAGAAGGACCUCGAAGAGCAGAUUAAAUUUUCUGAAGAACAAUUAGAAAAUCUUGAGAAAAGCAUCCCCCUCUAACACCCACCAACAGACCAUCCGGUUUUACACGUCGUAAUUUGGGACGUUUCCCUGGAAAUCCCCACGCGCUCCGUUUGGUGAAUCCUUGCGAUCCUGUUAGUGCCACAGUACUGACAAGUGCUUAGCUGCUCUGGGGAUGCUCUAGGCACACGCUGGACGUGCCUUCCCCUUUGGACGGGCCAACCGACAGCAUCUUAGGUGUGUAGCAGACUGCAUUUUGGAGAUGACUGAUAGGAUGCGUUGCUCCUAUUAACUUGGCGUGUAUUUCCCCUUCUUGUUGUCUGUCCAUCUGUUUCCAGAUUGACAUAAUCUCAAUAAAAGAACCAUACAAA